AUGGGUGAUAAUGAAGCCGAAGCACCAGUAUUAGUUAUUGAGCGACGCCAGAUCCGGCUGACGACAUUACGCGUGUGUCAUCCAGGAGAAGAUUGCUCCUCUCGAACAUCGACGACGCCCGAAACUUCAUAUCCACCGAUAACUUCCACAACAGCUUUGUUAACAUCGACAAAAACAUCCAGCUCCAAAACUCUCGCCAUUACAGGUCCGCCACCAGCUACAUACGAUUACAAGGGCUACAACUUGGAUCUCCAGACAAUCUUCACCCAACCGGCAGGUUGCACGACAGGAGGAUUGACGCGAGUGCCAGGGCUGGAAGAGAAUGUGUUCUUAUACAAUGUCAUCAAUGUGGUGCCAGAGACGACGAUGACACGAUGCUUCCCCAGUCAAUUCUGGUCCAGUGCCCAGGCUACCAUCUCUUUGCCUCCUUUUGAACAGUUGAUAUGCCCACUGGAUUGGGAGUCAUAUCCUCUCGAGUCAUCUUACAUUAUUUGCUGUCCCAGCGGGUUCCAACUGCAUGCACCUAGGGACAAAACAGCCUUGCAGCCUAGGAGCAAGGCGAUUUGCUGGUCUACUCUCGCCGCGGGUGAGGUAUUUGACUUGACCGUCUAUAACUCGGCUUCGCUUGUUUCCUCAACACUCGGCACGGCACUGGGAGGUGAUAAGGGAGCGCUUAUCUAUGCGACUGCCUUUGAUGGCUUUGCCGCAAUCAUCACUGCUGUUGCGGAUGAUUCAACCCCUUCCAAAACAGAUAGGGACAGCGCCACCAGAACAGGGGACAAUAAAUCUACCAAGGCCUCGGGGGUUAACUCUACAACAGCUGGUGGCGAUAAGAAGUCGAUGUCGCCGACAAGACUGACAGAGUAUGUGGAGCUCAUUGGCAUCGUACAACUGAGUAUUCUCUUCAUUCUUUGGUAG